AGAUUAAACAAAAAGCCCCAUAAACAUAGGAAAAUCCUAAUGGCAUCAUCCAUGGCGCCCGCUCUAUCUUCGUCACUCUGCUCAACCCCUCAAAAAUCAUCAAUCAUCCCUUUCUUACCAUCAUUUCAGACGUCCAUUUCCCUCCAAUUUAACUUCAAAUUCCGCAAACCCAUAUCCAAAUUCAAGCAGAAGAACACCAUCACCCUAACGGCAAUAACCUGUUUGAAAUCAGGAAGUAAAUAUGCAGCAGAAGAAACGAAUUCAAGUUUCGCUGUCACUGCGCCAUCUUUAGCCGAAUCAAAUGGUCAACGAAACUGGAUUGUAGUAGUUAAGGCUCCUCCUUCCCAACAAGCUGUUUCUAAACCCGAUGUUAUUGAUUAUUAUGUCAAAAUUUUGGAGAGGGUUUUGGGCAGUGAGAAGGAGGCUCAAGGCUGCAUAUACAAUGCUUUUUGCGACAACCAUUUUAGUUUCUGCUGCGAUAUGGACGAAGAAACUUCCCAAAAGCUCGCAUGUUUGCCAGAGGUAUUAUCAAUCAAACCCGAUCCAGAUUUUAACUCUGUACAAAAGGGUUAUAGCAAUGAAAAGACUGAAUCGAAUUCAUUCAAUAAAAUCUUCUCUCCAUUGUUUCCUUCUCAAAGCUUAAAGCAUUGGCUUGUUCGUGUAGAGAUGCCAGCAUCAGGAGUCUUAACUAGGGCACACUUAGUUGAUUAUUAUACUCAGAUACUAACCAAAGUUUUGGGAAAUGAGAAGGAUGCACAAAUGUGUAUAUAUCAUAUUUCCUUACACUUUGACUAUGGAUUCUGUUGUGAACUCAAUGAUGAGUAUGCAAAGGAAUUAUCCAGUGUUCCUGGUGUUAUAUCUGUUAGACCAGAUGAGUCUUUCGAUUCAGAUGAUAAAGAUUAUAGAGAUUAUAAUAUUCAAGAUUCCUCGUUAACAAAUCAACCAACAAAUAUCAAAACAAAGAAGCUUUUUGUAACUGGUCUGUCGUUCUAUACAUCUGAGAAAACUUUACGUGCGGCAUUUGAAGGUUUUGGAGAGCUUGUUGAGGUUAAGAUUAUAAUGGACAAGAUCUCAAAAAGGUCAAAAGGUUUUGCAUUUAUUGAGUACACUACUGAGGAAGCUGCAAGUGCAGCUCUUAAAGAAAUGAAUGGCAAGAUUAUAAAUGGUUGGAUGAUAGUUGUUGAUGUUGCCAAAACAAACCCACCAAAGUACAGCAGAGGGCGUCCUAGACCACCACAGUAAUGUCUGUUAUAGGGGUAGAAUCGUCAAAUUUCCAAGUUAUAUAUUUUUUUGGUAUUGUUAUCGAGUCUUCUUACUUUUAUUAGUAGAGUUGAGUUGCAUGAUAAUAGCAGAAUGUUAGUGGACGUGUGACGUGUCUUGUUAGUGUUAGGAUGAUGUAGUGAUAGUUACACGAAACUGUAAAUUAGAAGAGAUAAUGUUUACAUGGUUUUACAAUUUUGUGAUUGGAAUUAUUAUAA